CAUUACAGGGCUUGGUUUGCUUCCUACAAUGAAGACAGCAGCAUUAUUUGGGAGCCUGAUGGAAAUGGCAUUUCUUUCACUUAUGCCGACUGCUCAAUGCUCGAGCUGAUUUCACUGGAACAUUGGGCUAUCAUGGAUGGUUAUGAAUUUGCAUGUGAUGAAUUUGUCGAUGCCCUAACUUGUGUCUCUCUUGAAACAAUGAGUACGGAAAAUGGGAGCAAGAAUUCCAUUGCUGUGGAAAUGACAAUCAACCCAGGAGAAGAUUUGGCUGUAAAGUGA